CUCCCUCCCUGGAGGGCCGCAUUCUUGGGUGGCGCUGUGAUGCUACGCUCAGUUAGCGACAGGAAACUUCAGGUUCCCGGAUUUAAGGACCACAGCACAGCUAUGGAUAGUGAACCGAGCUCUGGAACGUCUGUGUCAACAACAGCCAGCAGCACCACCACCACCACCAUCACCACAUCCUCCUCCCGAAUGCAGCAGCCGCAGAUCUCCGUCUACAGCGGAUCAGACCGACAUGCUGUCCAGGUCAUUCAGCAGGCCUUGCACCGCCCCCCCAGCUCGGCGGCGCAGUACCUGCAGCAGAUGUAUGCAGCUCAGCAGCAGCACCUGAUGCUGCACACGGCCGCUCUGCAGCAGCAGCACCUCAGCAGCUCCCAGCUCCAGAGCCUUGCGGCUGUCCAGGCAAGUUUGUCCAGUGGAAGACCAGCUACAUCCCCCACAGGCAGUGUUACACAGCAGUCAAGUAUGUCCCAGACGUCUAUCAACCUCUCCACGUCUCCUACAUCUGCUCAGCUGAUGAACCGUUCCCAGACUUCCAGUUCCACCAGCGGCAGUAUUACCCAGCAGACUAUGCUGCUAGGGAGCACCUCCCCCACCCUGACGGCCAGCCAAGCCCAGAUGUACCUGCGCGCGCAGAUGCUGAUUUUCACACCUGCUACCACUGUGGCUGCUGUACAGUCUGACAUCCCUGUUGUCUCGUCGUCACCGUCACCUUCCUGUCAGUCUGCAGCUGCUCAGGUUCAGAAUUUAACAUUACGCAGCCAGAAGCUGGGUGUCUUAUCUAGCUCACAGAAUGGCUCACCAAAAAGCGCUGGUCAAACCCAGUCCUUGACAAUUUGCCAUAAUAAAACCACAGUGACCAGUUCUAAAAUCAGCCAACGAGACCCUUCUCCAGAGAGCGCGAAGGGAGGGAGCCCAGGCCUGGAGUCUCGGAGCACCGCCGUCACGCGCACCUCAAGCAUUCACCAGCUAAUAGCACCAGGUACCUUGGAAGUCCCAGGUCAACGUCUGACCAUGCCCAGCUCUGACGGGGACGUCUUUUCUCCUUGUCGCUUCUCUUUGUCCUCACAUGGACUUUCCUCUUCAUAUUCUCCAAUUCAGCCUCAUUCUCUAAUCAAACAUCAACAGAUUCCUCUUCAUUCACCACCUCCUAAAGUUUCCCAUCAUCAGCUGAUAUUACAACAGCAACAACAGCAAAUUCAGCCAAUCACCCUUCAGAGUCCAAGUCAAGAUCCACCCCCAUCCCAGCACUGUAUCCCACUCCCAAACCAUGGCCUUUCCCCGGCUCCCAGUAAUGCCCAGUCACAGCAUUGCUCUCCGAUUCAGAGCCAUCCCCCGCCUUUGACUGUGUCUCCUAAUCAGGCACAGGCCGCACAGCAGUCUGUAGUGGUGUCUCCUCCCCCACCUCAUUCCCCAAGUCAGUCUCCUACUAUAAUUAUCCAUCCACAAGCACUUAUCCAGCCACACCCUCUUGUGUCUUCAGCUCUUCAGACAGGGACAAAUGUGCAGCAGGCUACUGCUGAUCAGGUACAGUCCACAGCACAGCUGAAUCUUCCAUCCCAUCUUCCGCUUCCAGCCUCCCCUGUGGUACACAUUGGCCCCGUCCAGCAGUCUGCCUUGGUGUCCCCUGGUCAACAGAUAGUGUCCCCAACAUCACACCAGCAGUAUUCAACCCUACAGUCAUCUCCAAUUCCGAUUGCAACCCCUCCACAGAUGUCGGCAUCUCCUCCAGCUCAGAUCCCACCACUGCCCUUGCAGUCUAUGCAGUCUUUACAAGUGCAGCCUGAAAUUCUAUCCCAGGGCCAGGUUUUGGUGCAGAAUGCUUUGGUGUCAGAAGAGGAGCUACCUGCUGCAGAAGCUUUGGUCCAGUUGCCAUUUCAGACUCUUCCUCCUCCACAGACUGUUGCGGUAAAUCUACAAGUCCAACCGCCGGCCCCUGUUGAUCCACCAGUGGGAAUGCAUUUGAACCAGUGUCAUCUGCACAAAGUUUUUUCUCUUAAGGUUUAUCAGGUAGAAGAUGUGUGUGAGGAAGAAAUGCCAGAGGAGUCCGAUGAGUGUGCAAGGAUGGACAGGACUCCCCCACCCCCCACCUUGUCUCCAGCAGCUAUCACUGUGGGGAGAGGAGAGGAUUUGACAUCCGAACAUCCUUUGUUAGAGCAAGUGGAGUUGCCUGCCGUGGCCUCAGUCAGUGCUUCCGUGAUCAAGUCUCCGUCCGACCCCACCCAUGUCUCUGCUCCUGCCCCUCCACUCUUAAUCCCUGCUGCCUCUGCGAGGAGCAGCAGCACCUCUCUGGCCAGCAGCACUCCCAGCCUGGAGAACAAGCCCCCGCAGGCUAUUGUGAAGCCACAGAUUUUGACCCACGUCAUAGAAGGCUUUGUAAUUCAGGAGGGACUGGAGCCAUUUCCUGUGAGUCGUUCAUCAUUGCUGAUAGAACAACCUGUGAAAAAGAGGCCUCUUUUGGAUAAUCAGGUGGUGAACUCUGUGUGUGUUCAGCCAGAGCUACAGAAUAACACAAAGCAUGCAGAUAACUCCUCUGACACAGAGAUGGAAGACAUGAUUGCUGAAGAGACAUUGGAAGAAAUGGAUAGCGAGUUACUCAAGUGUGAAUUCUGUGGAAAAAUGGGAUAUCCUAAUGAAUUUUUACGGUCUAAACGAUUCUGUACUAUGUCAUGUGCCAAAAGGUACAACGUUAGCUGUUCUAAAAAAUUUGCACUUAGUCGUUGGAAUCGUAAGCCUGAUAAUCAAAGUCUUGGCCAUCGGGGCCGUCGUCCAAGUGGCCCUGAAGGGACAGCAAGAGAACAUAUCCUUAGGCAGCUUCCAAUUACUUAUCCAUCUGCAGAAGAAGACUUGGCCUCUCAUGAAGAUCCUGUGCCCUCUGCUAUGACGACCCGUCUGCGCAGGCAGAGCGAGCGGGAGAGAGAGCGAGAGCUUCGAGAUGUGAGGAUUAGGAAGAUGCCUGAGAACAGUGCCUUGCUCCCUGCCGCCCAGACGGAGCCCUCCAUAUGGACGGUGGACGACGUCUGGGCCUUCAUCCACUCCUUGCCGGGCUGCCAGGACGUUGCAGAUGAGUUCAGGGCCCAGGAGAUUGAUGGACAGGCCCUGCUUUUGCUAAAAGAAGACCAUCUCAUGAGUGCAAUGAACAUGAAGCUGGGCCCUGCCCUCAAGAUCUGUGCGCGCAUCAACUCUCUGAAGGACUCUUAACAGGAGGGAGGCUGCUGCUUCUCAGUCCAGCCCUCUGCCUCUGUGGACGGAGGAUGCCAGCCUGAUGGGGAAGGCCAAGUGCAUUGGGACCACCGCCAAUGGCCGCCAUAAGACCGUUUCUCUUCAGAUGUCCUAACUCCUCAUACGUUUUCAUAAUUAGCGAACAUUGGUGAUGUUAAUUUUACCAGUUAAAUGCUACACUGAAAGACUUGUUACAGAGGCCCAUAUUUUUCAAAGGAACAUGUUAUACUAGAUAAUUUUUUAAAGGUAAUGUUUAUCAUUAAUAUAAAAAAUCCUUUUAAAAAUAAUUAUUGAUUUACACUUCCCCUCCUUUAAUUCUCUUUUCUUAUACAUUUUUUCUACCCUGUUAGUUUUCUAAAUGUUGUCAUAGAGAUAUAGAUAAUUUAGGAGCCCAUUGACAGAAUUGAAUGCAAUGAAAUAUCAGUCUGUUUUAAACAGCAAAUCUUCCAGACCAAUGCUUUGGCUGUGAAAAGGGAUUGUGUUUCAGCACAGGCAGUAUUUCUGAAGUCCUGAGAGCCUCUAGUCUAGUCUUUACCCAGCUUGCAUGACUGACAGGUUUCCUCCUGGUUGGUACAUUAAGAGCAAUAGUUCUCAGUGGAGAACUUGUCCUCCUGGUGACACUUGGCAGUACCUAGACACAUUCUGGUUGCCACAGCUUGGGGUUGAGUUUUGGUGAGGAUUAUAGGAACUGAGGUGUGGCAGCCAGCAGAGAUGUUGCUGAAUAUCCUACAGCACAGAGGAUGUCCCUCUGCCACCAGGAAUGAUGUGCUAUAGAUGCCAGUGGUGCCACGGCUGAGAAGCCUGGGUGGACAAAGAGCUGUGUGCGGGUCCUUUCACCUGCAGGGACGUGCUUACAAGAUGGCGGCCAUGAGGAGGAGGACAUGCCUGCAGGGAAGGAGUAGCCAAUGGCACCAGAGUGCCUGCCGCAGAAGUAGGUUUUCAUUUUACCGUAUACUAGAAAGGAAAGGAAAUGUAUAAACUUGGGCUAUAAAACUAGGCUAACUCACAGAUCAAGUGACUGUGGUGCGGCCCUGGCCCGUGGUCACCUCUUCCUGACUCUGUCCUGUGCACUGACGAAGAUGCUGUCAUGCCUCGGAGCCUCCGUCAAGCAACCCUGCUGAGUCUGGCCAGAAUGCAGGUUUCUUUCUCCCUUACUGAGGCUGUGGAUUCUUCCCACGAAGUACUUAAAGUGAUUUCUCUCAAUCAAAAGUUUUUAUUCAACAGUUUUCUGUUAGGACAUUAAGCCAAAUUUUCAUGUGGAUGCCCUGAAAUCUUUGUAGUGCUGGGCAUCAAAAGGUUUGAUGAUUUUGUUGCUUUUCUUGUCUUUGCUACGUGCUCGAGGGUCUGAGCCAUUGAAGGGGGCGUGUGCACACCCUUGGCAGACGGGAGGGACAGCACGAGUCCGAGCGCAGGCAUCUUUACAGCGCCUUCCAGAGACUGUUGUAGAAGACUAAAAGAUGUCACAAAGACAUCACAGAUAAAUUUAUCUUUUGGCUUUGUGUACAUUAGAAAAUGUUGGUUAUUUUUAUACAGAAAUAUAGCGGAUAAUUUUUUUAAUCUUUAGCUGCCUCUUGUUUGAAUGUAUGCUCUGUGAGAUUGUUGGUGUAGUAGUUUUAAGAGUUGUUCACUAGUAGUCCUGUGUAGACUCAGAAUGUGUAAGUAGCUGAGGCUCCUGUUUCAGACUACAGUAGUUUAGGCUGCGUUACAUAUUUCUUUGUAUCACAUUUGGUUAUUCACGUUUCAAGGAAGGCAAGUACUCUACCUUCAUCUGCAUUUAUUAGCACCGAGUCAUCAUAACAGAGUUGUCAUGGAUGUUCCUCAUUCUCCUAACAAAGGGUGGCUAUACAGCACUCAGAGAUUGCCUGCUAGAAUGAAGGAGGCACGAAGGCGCGUUUCCUCUGGAAUUAAAACUGGCGUAGUAAUCCAGUUAAUACGGGAUUGUCCAGAAUAGACCUCCAGCAAUAAUGCUUCCCUCCUACAAAUGCUUACCUAUAGCCUUUAAGGCAUUAACUCUGCACUUGUACUAAAACCAGCCCAUCGUGUGCUUAUGAGGAACCCCUGUGCCUAGCACUGUUCUUCAGCACCUGGAAACAGCUUACUUGAGGGGCUUCUCUUGGAGGGCGCCUUCUCGCCCUUUAUCUUAGAAGUACGCUAGCUCUUCUGCUGUCUGCACUUAAAUUUAACUAGCAAAUAUACUUUUUUCUUAGAAGUGGGUUAUUUUAUUUAAAAGUGGCUCAUUUGGUGUUUGGUAGUUCUCCCAUUGCUGCAGGCACUUCUUUCAGUUACGUGUAAUGGGGACAUGUGACCUAGACAGAGGAUGUGGCUUCCUUCCCUUUCCUAUUACUAAGCACUUAGGAAGGCUCUUGGAGGGCAAACAAGUGACAAGCAGGAAGGGAGCCUGGCUUCUUCCUAUUGUUGCUUCCUGAACUUGCCGAAACCCCUCAACCAUUGUAGGAUACACUUUUCACGUUAUUUGUUUUAAGUUCUCUGUUCUUAGGAAAACAAACACCUGCUUGUAAAAGUUACUUUGUACUUAGAGGCUUUGCAUGGAACUGUGACACAGCAGGCAGUCACCUGACGCCUGCAGUGACAGUGGAUGGUGAGCAUAGUGGCUUUGGCAGAACUGUGAAGUCUGGGUUAAGGAUGUCACCUGGGAGUAAAGAGGCCAGAGCCAGAGGAGGGCGUGUUAGUGAAGGAGCUGGAGAGGGGGGCACAGCAGAUGGCCCUCCCCCCGCCAGGCCGUCAGCGCACCGCUGAUGCACCUCUGCGCACGCGCUGGAGGUUGCAAUUCCAGGUUAUUUAUCCCUGAAUAAAUGAAGGGAUGUCUGUGUUUUAGGAACCCUGCUGCUUUCCUCUUGUUUCUUGUGUUGGGAGACUGGUGUGUGAGACUGCAAUGUUACCAUGCCUUUGAAUAACUAUUCACAGUCAGUCUUCAUAUACUAAGUGCAAAAUUUAGUCACGUAUCUAUUUAUAAACACAAAUCUUGGAUUGAAAUCUUUCACAGGACUCAUUUUCUCACAAGCUUGUUAGGUUGUGCGUCUCAGCAGUUAUGUCCAGGUUAUGAAAUUCUGGCUGGUAGAGCAUUUCAGACAUAUUCUCAACCAGAGAGGCAGGCUAGAUGUUGUGGUUUGAAGACUUCAGGAACACCAGCACCAUGCUGCUGACAGGUACUGUUGGCUGCCAUGGGAUGGCCUCACCUCCCUCCCUGCACUGAGCCCGUGUACCUCCAGCCCCACCUCCAAUGAAGGCCACAGACCUUCUUCUUAGUUCUUUACUUGGGGUUGGGUAGCAUCCUGGCGUGGAGAUCUUCAGGCUGUUGUAAUGGGGUGGACCUUUAUAACGUCCCCAGUUGUAUUUCAGUCAAAGUCUUAUCCAUCUAUGCAGAUAGUUUCCUAGUUUCUUUUGUACCAUAUGUCUGUGUGACUUGUUCCUUGAAGGUUAUUUGGGGGAGGGUAGAGUAAGUAACAGGAAGAUGAUAUUGCUAGCUAAACGACGGCAUUUUAGCGCGAUGGUGAUCCGUAGUGACCGAUGGUUGGACAAGGUGUGUUAGUUGGUUUGUUUGUUGCACUCGGGGCUGAGCCAGGGCCUCGCGCUCCACCUGAGACUGCACACUGCAUUUUUUCUUGUUUGCCCAGACUAACAUGGAAUUGUGGUCCUCUGACUUUCAAGUGCUAGAACUUAAAAUCUGUGCCAUCAUGCCAAACCUAGCCCCUGUGGUUUUAAAUAGUCAAGAUUUGGUUGUAAUCAGAUUAGUUAUUUCUCUUUAUCCCCUGAGCCUGCUCUGAGGAGUGUUGAUAUUCAUAGUGCCACUGGGACCCGAGUUGAGUAAUCCUGGAUUUUUGAAGAUGAGAAUCAGAGGGAGAGAAUCUGUAAAAAUGUAGGAGUUGGUUAUUAUUGAGUGGCCAGAAUAGAGUCAGAUAUGGCAGCAGGCUCAGUCUCGAGCCAGUCCUAGGGAAGGAAGGCACUGCAGGAUCAUGUGGCGUUGCAUUCUGAGUGCUGCUGACUGCAGCUGCAGCUCCUCCUGACUGGAGGACUCCAGGAGGCACAGCCUGCUGUCUUCUUGAUGGAACGCAGAGUGACUUGGGACACGAGCUGUUUUACUCACACUCAGCAGUACUGAUCUUAGCACUCAUUCAGAGUAUUUUAUUUCAUCUCAAGGAUGGGCUUUGAGUUUCAAUGAGUACAAAUAAGUGCUAGGAAGAGUAAAUGUGCUUUGUUAUUCAAAUUUAACUUUAACUCAUUGAACCAACCCCUUGAGGAAUUCUCUGGGAAGAUAUUUCUGGUAUUAGGUUAUAAAAUAAUUGCCAUAUAGUUUACAGUUGAAAUAAAAGCUGCUUUCCAAUUAAAAAUAUUGAAAUGAUAUUGACAUUUAAAAAAGUGGCCUGAAAUGGUUAAGGCCUUAUCAGUGGGACAUGCAGUUUUAGAGUUAUGUCUGCUUGACAUUAUACUAAGAGAAAACUUUCUUUUUUGUUCUUUUUGAAAGUUAUAAGAUGUGAGUUUAUCUAUAGUUAUUACAUCAUGUUCUAGAGAAACCCAUUAGGAGCCGCAGCCCUCAGUGCUGCGCAGCUGCUCUGCAGCAGUCGUCCGCGCACGCCCUGCCAAGUGCCACCCCUGAGGGGAAGAUUCCCACAAGGGUUUUACUUUCUUUCUCCUUUGAUAGCUUAUGGACAUUUUAUUUUAUUUACAAAUACAAUUUGAAUAUAAUGUUAGGCAUAAAACUAGCUUCUAUAUUACACUUUAUAUUGUAGGCAGAGGACUUUCUGAAGGUUUUCAAGUGUAAACCCACUGCUGUCUCUGAUAGUCCUGAUAUUGGGCAUAAAUCUAUAGAAUGAGAAAAUUUAAAGUAGUAUGUAAUGAAUGGAUUUUAAUUAAAAAUCAGUAUAAAUGUAAAACAUCAUUAUGCUAGCUAGCAUGGCAUGGUCUUAAUGAAAUGUAAGAGGGAUGUAGUUAAGUCCUUCAUACUGUCUAACUUAGUUCCAGUCAUCAUCUUAGAUAUUCAUAGUACCUAUUGCUUUUUGGCUUAAUGGAAUCCAUCAGUGUUUUGUGAACCUUUCUCUGACAGUGGUGGACGAGUAGUGGAGAUUAGAACAUCACUGAAGGAAACAUGAACCCACUGAAGGAGGAAGGGACUUUUUUAAUCUUGCCUCAACGAAGCUAAAUAUGUACAGUGUUUAAAUCCUUAUACAUAAUGCUUGUGUUAAAUGUUUUGGUAGUGUUAAAAAGUGAGCAAAUUACAACUUUUCUUCAGUAGUGACCCAUAAAUGCACUUGCUGCAUUACUGUGCUGAGUGGAGAGGAACCGGCGAGGUUACUCCAGAUGGCCGGCAGCCCUGUGACACAUGGGCAGCUGUUUGGCUUUUAAUCUCAUUUCAACGUACAGUGUGAUACCUGCACUACUAAAUAGGCUGAUUUUUUAAAAAUCAUUUUUGAAGAAACCUUCUCUCCGAGCUUUAAAGUCACAGUGCUGAGCUACCUAUGUGGGAUUACCACUGGGCUGGCUGAGUGACAGGGGUUAUCAGUGCCCAUGUGCUUACUCGGCCACUUGUGAACUGCCUGGACACUUGGCUCAUGUGUGGGAUAUACGACCAAGAGAAGAGCAAGUAAAGUCUUCCCAAACAAACUCAGUGCUGCUUCAGCAUAGCUGUAAUUACAUCCAGUAGUUAAUGGUAAUUAAUUAACCAGUAAUGCCCCGCUCCCUGGGAACAGGGGUUUAAUAACGUCUGAGGCCUAUGUCACAUCACCACUCACAUCCUUUCCACCUGGGGACCAUAUGACAACAGUAAAACUGCCUGCCCUGACCAACUGUGAGACAGUUGUGACAGGCACUGCGAGGACCGUUCCUGUAUGUGGUCUGUGGGUGGCAGGGUGCAAGAAGCCGAUAUGGAAUCAUUGUGCAUUUUUAGUUGCAAAAGUUUACAUCCAUUUUGAUAGUGGAGCAGUUUUCCAAAACAGAAUCAUCUGAAAUGAGGCUGACAGGAGGCUUCUACCGCUGCUUUCUCCAUAGUGCUGGCUGUAUGGUAGUGUGCUAGAGACAGCCACCCCGCAAACACAGGGGAGACCCAGAAAGGGUCUGCUGCACUGCAUCGCAAGAUGCAACUGGUGACAGAAGGCAGUUCCUAGCUGGUUGGUGGCUCACGCCUUUAAUCCCAGACUUGGGAGGCAGAAGCAGGCAGAUCUCUGUGAGUUCAAGGCCAGCCUGGUCUACAGAGUUAAGUUCCAGGACAGCCAGGCUACAUAGAGAAACCCUGUCUCAAAAGCCACCACCACCUCUAAAAGCAGGCCCUGCUUGUGCUGGCAGGUAUUUAAGGAGUGGAGAUGGAGUAAAAGUCACUUUAAUGGGGUGAAUUCCUGUGUCGCUCUGCGGUUCUGGGAAUCGGGUUGUAACUCUUGCUUUAAAUGCUAACAUCAGUUGCUACUCACAUUCUCUAUAAAGAUAUAAAAAUAUAUUUUGAAAACUUUAUCAUAGCUAUAGGUUUUUAAAGUGGGGAAAUGCCCAAAUAAAGUGUUAAAUUACAAUAUAUAAUAGAUGCUUUCAAAUUAAAGUUUUUGUAAGUUAUAAUAAUCUAAAUAGCCUACUAAUCAGAUCUUUGUAAAUUGUCCCACAAUUCUGGUUACUUUUAAGGUGUUUUUUAAGUUUUUAAAAUAUACCUAAGUUGUAAAAUAUCCUGUGCUGUUUAGAUCUCUGUUGCAUAAAUGCUGUUCUUGUGUCUGUAUUCUUAGACCUUAAGAAUUCAGCUAAGGAUACAGAGUGUAAUUUUUGUGUAUGAUUCCCACAUUGAUGGAAUUGACUGCCAUCUUCUGACCUCAUUCAGAAGAUGGGUCUUGGUUUGUACAGUAGGGGAUUAAAAUUCAAAAUUCAGAAAUUCUUGGGAAGUGCAGGGAUUGUGCUAUAAAUGAGGCUUGUCCAUUACAGACAGUCAUGCACUGGGGGGAGGGGGGCUGAUCUUGAACCUCUUUAAUUUGGUUAGAAUGCUUUGCCUUUUUACCACUUAAAAUGUGUUUUACACAGGCAGGCUGCUGGGAUUAACUGUUUUUUUAAUAUUUUAAGCACAUUUUUAGAAAUCUUCCUUUUGGUUUUGACCAUUGUUCUAAAAUCAAAGUUUUAUAGUAAUAAAAAAAAAAUCUCAAGAGAUGAUUCAUCAAGGAAAAAAGCAUCACCAAGGGGGAAAGAAAACAUGUUUUAAUCUUAGAGAAAGCAAACGUUAGGGUUAUAAUAGAUGUGUCUUACAUUGGAUGUUGUAUUAGAGACCUCCUCACAGGAAACGAUAGAGUUCUAGCACCCUUAGCAUAGAGUUCCUAGACUGGCAUCCAUAGCUACAGUUUUACAAUGUAUAACCUGAAAAUGAAGUUAACUUUACAUUAUAAGAGCACACCAUUAUCUAUGUAAAAAGUGUUCAUUUGAUGUAUUUUUUUAAGAAAAGAGAAAGCACUUUCAUAUUAAGUAGCAUGUGUGUGAAUUUCAGACUUCCUCUGUGUGUCUAGUCCGUGAAAUAAAGGCGCAUCAGAUGUUUGCUGGCGAUGUAACUGCUAAUGGAAGCACCUUAUCCUCUGCUGCUUAACCUUGCUUGGAUUGCACCUUUGUUACCUGCACACUCUCACAUAGAGUAUUGUAACAUGGCUUCGAGUGGGUCUGGGCGGACGGCUAGCGGUGGGCCUACAGGAUCUUUUAUUUAUGUUGUUUAUAUUACAAUAAUAUAUUGUAGACCAGUUGUAACUUCAGUUCUUUACAAAUAAAAGCCUGACUGGUUAUUGAA